UUUAUUCCUUCCUAGUGUGAAAACCGAAAACUGAAAACCCAGUCAUAUAUGAAUAUUCAACCAUAAAGAUAAAAGGGGUUGAAAAGUAAAACCUAGUUGCAUAUAUAUAAGCAGCUGCUUUGUUAUUUGAUUUUAGAGCUAAAUAACCAGCAAGUCCAUUAUUCUUGAAUAUACAUAUCCAUGGUGCACAACGAAGUAGAUGCGUCACGGAUACAAGAGAUGGAUUCAGGGGAAAGGCGCCUUAACGAGCUUGGUUACAAGCAAGAACUCAGACGAGAGAUGACUUUGUUCAAAACUCUGGCAAUUUCAUUCUCGACAAUGACACUUUUCACCGGAAUUACUCCCUUGUAUGGCUCAAGCCUUUUAUAUGCAGGUCCUGCAAGCCUUGUGUGGGGAUGGGUGGUCGUUUCAUUUUUCACUUGCUUUGUAGGAGUUGCCAUGGCAGAGAUCUGCUCCUCUUUCCCGACUACAGGUUCUCUUUACUUCUGGGCUGCCCAUUUAGCCGGCCCCAAAUGGGGUCCAUUUGCCUCAUGGUGCUGCGCUUGGCUUGAGACGGUAGGCCUCAUUGCCGGCAUAGGCACUCAGGCAUAUGCAGGAUCGCAAACGCUGCAAAGUAUCAUUUUGUUAUCCACUGGGACAAAUAAAGAUGGAGGAUAUCUUGCGCCAAAAUGGCUAUUCUUAUGCAUGUACAUUGGACUCACUGUUAUAUGGGCGUUUCUCAACACAUUUGCGCUAGAAGUAAUUGCCUUUAUUGACAUAAUCUCGAUAUGGUGGCAGGUCAUUGGAGGGCUGGUUAUUGUGAUAACACUUCCCCUGGUAGCAAUGACGACACAGUCAGCAUCAUAUGUGUUCACAAAUUUCGAAGUGGCUUCUGAGCAGACUGGGAUAUCAAGCAAACCUUAUGCAGUGAUUCUAUCCUUUCUUGUUAGUCAGUAUUCAUUAUAUGGAUAUGAUGCUGCAGCACAUCUAACUGAAGAAACCAAGGGAGCAGACAAGAACGGUCCUAUUGCUAUUCUAUCUAGCAUUGCUAUCAUAUCAGUGUUUGGGUGGGCAUACAUCUUGGCUCUUACUUUCAGCAUUCAGGACUUUAGCUACCUAUAUGAUCCAACCAACGAGACUGCUGGAACAUUUGUGCCAGCUCAAAUACUCUAUGAUGCAUUUCAUGGGAGGUAUCAGAGUUCCACAGGAGCAAUCAUUUUACUAUGCAUCAUUUGGGCUUCAUUCUUCUUCGGUGGGCUUUCAAUUACCACUAGUGCUGCCAGAGUGGUAUAUGCUCUAUCACGAGACCAAGGUAUUCCAUUUUCGUCUGUAUGGAAAAAAUUGCACCCGAAACACAAAGUUCCUUCAAAUGCAGUGUGGCUCUGUGCAGCGAUCUGCAUUCUCCUCGGACUUCCAAUCUUGAAAGUCAAUGUAGUCUUCACUGCCAUAACUUCGAUAUGUACAAUUGGAUGGGUAGGAGGAUAUGCAGUUCCAAUCUUUGCAAGAUUGGUAAUGCCUGAGAAGAACUUCAACGCUGGACCAUUUUACUUGGGGAAAGCUAGAAGGCCAAUUUGCUUGGUUGCCUUCCUGUGGAUUUGUUAUACCUGUUCGGUCUUCCUCCUCCCGACUUUCUACCCAAUUACUUGGAAUACAUUCAAUUAUGCACCUGUUGCUUUGAGUGUGGGAUUGGGUCUAGUAAUGCUUUGGUGGAUGUUGGAUGCAAGGAAAUGGUUCAAAGGACCUGUUAGAAACAUUGAAACUGAAAACGGAAAGGUAUGAACUUUCAUUCCCGAAGUUUGAUCAUCUUCCGGAAGUAGAUUCGAAACUUUCCUAGCAUUCUGUAGCUUCUUAUGUCUCUGUCUUUUUGCACUUCAAAUCUAGGAUCACUAAGCAAUCCUCCAUUUGAUGAGGAGGCAUGUAAGUAUGUAACUUGAAAGAACCGGAAACCGAGCAUUCGUUGUCACUCUAAGCUCGCGGCUUAGUGUGCCUAUAUAUAUUACUAUUUGAUGGAUA